ACAGAGAACACAUGCGGUUUCAAGCUGGAGCAAGUUGAGAGAUGAACAGUCAAGUGGACCGCCCGGACAACGAGCGAGCACCCCCCGCUGAACGAUGAGAGGGGUCCGCUGUCGCUUUAGUUGUCUGUGCACUCCAGGGAAGUGUCCUGCUCCAGCAUGUCCAUGUUUUUCCUGAUAUUUUGCAAGACUGGUGUGAGACGCAAACUCCAGAUGCUUCCAGGGAAAAUGGUCAACACUGUCUACAGUGAUGAGGAAAGGGGAACCCAAGACAAGGAAAGCAAGGAGGAGACCAUCUUGGCCAUGUUGGGCAUCAUUGGGACCAUUCUUAACUUGCUGGUCAUCAUCUUUGUUUACAUCUACACUACGCUGUAGAGCGGUUCUACAUCAAGAACAGCAAUAACGACCAAUGUGAAGACAUCCACAGGAGGAUGGCGGUGGAGGAAAGACUGGAACGGGAUCAAAUGGGAUCUAAGACCAUACAGUGAACGUGCAAAUAUCCAGAACACUGGGUUGUACGUACAUAACGCGUGAGGCUUAUAAUGACUUUGAAGGCUUUAAAAUACAGCUCCAAUGCUCAAAAAGGACUGCAACAACUUUCGGAAAAAACAUUUUCUAAUACGAAAUAUUCUCAUCUUAAAUAUGUGUUUCAGAUUUUCUUCUACGGAAUAAACAAUGUGGACUGUACGGAGACUUUUUCUAUGAGAGUUUCUUAAUAAAACAAAUUUGUGUCAUUGUGAACAGACUUGGGAAAGAAUUUAAAUGUAUUUUUAGGUUUCUUAGGUUAUUCUUCAGAAUAACCCAACUGUGGCUUGUCUGAGUGUGU